CGUGCCUCCCUACUUCAAGACGGAGCCGGUGCGCAGCCAGCUCCAUCUGGAACGCAACAGGCUGGUUCUGACCUGUAUGGCUGAGGGAAGCUGGCCACUGGAGUUCAAAUGGAUCCACAACAACACCGAGCUGACCCGCUUCUCCCUGGAGUACAGGUACCUGAUCCCCUCAUUGGACCGCUCCCAUGCCGGCCUCUACCGUUGCAUCGUGAGGAAUCGUGUGGGAGCCCUGCUGCAGAGGCGCACAGAAGUACAGGUGGCCUUUAUGGGCAGUUUUGAGGAGGGGGAACGCUCCCAAUCCGUCUCCCAGGGAGAGGGUGCGGUGGUCCAUGCGCCGCGCAUUCGCAGCUUCCCCCAGCCCCAAGUCACCUGGUUCAGAGAUGGGCGUAAGAUUCCACCCAGCAGUCGCAUUGCCAUCACUCUGGACAACACGCUGGUUAUUCUGUCUACAGUGGCACCAGACGCCGGGCGGUACUACGUACAAGCUGUAAAUGACAAGAACGGAGAGAACAAGACCAGCCAGCCCAUCACCCUAUCAGUAGAGAAUGUAGGAGGUCCAGCAGACCCCAUUGCCCCCACCAUCAUCAUCCCUCCAAGGAACACUAGCGUGGUCACAGGCACCUCCGAGGUCACCAUGGAGUGUGUUGCCAACGCCAGGCCUCUCAUCAAGCUGAGUAUCACGUGGCGUAAGAACGGCGUGUUGGUGACGAGCGGUUUGAGCGACUUCAACCGCCGGCUGACCAUCAUCAACCCCCUGGUGGGCGACGCCGGCUUCUACGAGUGCGAGGCCAUCCUCCGUAGCAGCAGCGUGCCCUCAGUCAGCGGCGGGGCUUAUCUGCAUGUUCUGGAACCACCGCAGUUUAUCAAGGAACCAGAGAAGCACAUCACAGCUGAGAUGGAAAAGGUGGUGGACAUUCCCUGUCAGGCACGAGGAGUCCCCCAGCCAGACAUUGUGUGGUACAAGGAUGCUUUUCCCAUCAACCCUGUGAAGAUGCCCAGGUACAGAGUGUUGGUGGGGGGCAGCCUUCAGGUCAACGGCCUCCUGCCAGAUGACACCGGGAUGUUCCAGUGCUUCGCCAGGAACUUGGCAGGAGAAGUUCAGACCAACACCUACCUCGCUGUCACCAGCAUUGCCCCGAAUAUCACAGCCGGACCCUCAGACAGCACUGUGAUCGACGGCAUGUCAGUCAUCCUGCACUGCGAGACCUCUGGAGCUCCGAGGCCCGCGAUCACCUGGCAGAAAGGUGAGCGUGUGUUGGCCAGCGGCUCGGUCCAGCUGCCCAGGUUCACCCUCCUCGAGUCAGGCAGCCUCCUCAUCUCCCCCUCACACAUCUCAGAUGCCGGGACCUACACCUGCAUGGCGAGCAACUCCAGGGGCAUCGAUGAGGCGUCCGCUGACCUCGUGGUCUUGGCUCGCACCCGGAUUACCACCCCCCCACAGGACCAGAGUGUUAUCAAAGGAACUAAAGCUGUUAUGACCUGUGGAGUCACACAUGACCCAAGUGUAACUGUCAGGCAUGUCUGGGAGAAAGAGGGCUCAGUGGUCAACGUCCAGUCCAUCCCCCGCAUGCGCCUGGAGGCAGACGGGACCCUCCACAUCUCCCAGACCUGGUCAGGUGACAUCGGCACGUACACCUGCAGAGUCACCUCCGUUGGGGGGAACGACUCCCGCAGCGCUCACCUCAGAGUCAGGCAGCUGCCCCAUGCUCCAGAGAACCCUACAGCCGUGCUGAGCGCAUCGGAAAAAAGAGCCAUCGACCUGGCCUGGGCCAAGCCUUUUGAUGGCAACAGCCCCCUCAUUCGCUACAUCCUGGAGGUUUCUGAGAACAACGCUCCCUGGGCCAUCCUGCUGGCCAACAUCGAGCCAGAGUCCACAGCGGUGACGGUGAACGGUUUGAUCCCGGCGCGCUCCUAUCAGUUCCGCCUCUGUGCCGUUAAUGAUGUGGGGAAGGGGCAGUUCAGCAAGGAGACAGAACGGGUCUCUCUCCCAGAGGAGCCCCCCAGUGCUCCGACUCAAAACGUCAUUGCCAGCGGUCGCACCAACCAGUCCAUCAUGAUCCAGUGGCAGCCCCCGCCCGAAAGCCACCAGAACGGCAUCCUCAGGGGCUACACCGUCCGGUACCGUCUGACUGGACUUCCUGUGGACUACCAGAUAAAGAACAUAACUAGUCCUGAGGUGACUAACCUUCUCCUGGAGGACCUAAUCAUCUGGACCAACUAUGAGAUUGAGGUUGCCGCGUACAACGGGGCGGGUUUGGGCACUUUCAGCCAUAAAGUCACUGAGUGGACUCUGCAGGGAGUACCCACCAUCGCCCCCGGCAACGUGCAGGCCGAGCCGGUCAACUCGACAACUAUCCGUUUCACGUGGACGGCCCCUAACCCUCAGUUCAUCAACGGCAUCAACCAGGGCUACAAGUUACUGGCCUGGGAGCCUGGCAGAGACGACGAUGUUACUAUGGUAACAGUGCGACCGAACUUCCAGGACAGCGUCCAUGUGGGAUAUGUGACAGGUCUCAAGAAGUUCACAGAGUAUUACACCUCUGUGCUGUGUUUCACCACGCCAGGAGACGGCCCCCGAAGCCCGCCCAAAGCAUUGAGGACACACGAGGACACCCCCGGUGCUGUGGGUCACCUGAGCUUCACUGAGAUCCUGGACACCUCGCUCAAAGUCAGCUGGAGCGAGCCUGGCGAGAAGAAUGGAGUCCUCACAGGUUAUCGCAUUUCGUGGGAGGAGUUCAACCGCACCAACACCAGAGUUACCCACUACCUGCCCAAUGUCACCUUAGAGUACAGGGUCACUGGACUCACUGCUCUCACCACCUACACCAUAGAAGUGGCAGGGAUGACCUCCAAAGGCCAGGGCCAGCUAUCCUCCUCCACCAUCUCCUCCGGGGUCCCACCAGAGCUUCCUGGUCCUCCUACCAAUGUGGCAAUCUCCAACAUCGGCCCACGCUCCGUCACCCUGCAGUUCAAACCGGGUUAUGAUGGCAAAACCUCCAUUUCCCGUUGGCAGAUGGAGGCCCAGGUUUCUGUGGUGGGGGAGAAUGAGGACUGGGUGAUGGUCCACAAAGUGUCCAACGAACCUGAGGCUCGCUCCUUGGAGGUGCCUGGUCUCAACCCUUACACCUUCUACAGGUUCCGUAUGCGCCAGGUGAACAUUGUUGGCACCAGCCUCCCCAGCCAGCCCUCCAGGAAGAUCCAGACUCUCCCUGCCCCCCCUGACAUGGCCCCCGCCAACGUCACACUGCGCACCGCCAGCGAGACCAGCCUCUGGUUGCGAUGGAUGCCUUUGCCUGAAUGGGAGUACAACGGGAACGCAGAGCAGGUGGGCUACAGGGUCCAGUACUCCCGCGCGGGCUCACAGGGCCGGGCGCUGAUCCACAUCAUCGCAGACCGCCUGGAGAGAGAGUUCACCAUCGAGGACCUGGAGGAGUGGACGGAGUACGAGGUCAGGGUCCAGGCCGUCAACGGCAUCGGGACGGGACCCUGGAGCCAGCCCGUCAGAGGCAGGACGAGGGAGUCUGUCCCCUCCUGUGGACCCACCAACGUUUCUGCCUUCGCCACCACCUCCAGCAGCAUCCUGGUGCGCUGGUUUGAAGUUCCCGAGCCAGACAGAAAUGGACUCAUUCUUGGCUACAAGGUGGUGUUCAAAGAGAAGGACUCUGACAGUGCGGUCCACUUCUGGAUGGUGGAGGGGAACGCCACCCACAGCAUUCAGCUCACCGGUCUUGGGAAAUACGUUCUGUAUGAGAUCCAGGUUCUGGCUUUCACGCGGAUUGGAGAUGGACGGCCCAGUUCUCCACCCAUCCUGGAGAGGACUCUGGAUGAUGUGCCAGGACCUCCUGUGGGUAUCCUAUUCCCUGAAGUGCGGACCACCUCUGUCAGGCUUAUUUGGCAGUCUCCCUCGCAGCCCAAUGGCAUAAUACUUGCUUACCAGAUCACAUACCACCUCAACUCCUCCAACAGCAACACACCCACAGUGGACGUGCUGAUCCCCAGUGCUCGCCAGUACACUGUGACCAGCCUCAAGCCGGAGUCCGUCUACGUGUUCCGCAUCAAAGCGCAGACGAGGAAGGGCUGGGGCGAGGCUGCUGAGGCGCUGGUGGUCACCACGGAGAAGAGAGCUCGUCCCCAGCCCACCAGCCGCCCCAUGGUUCCUCAGAAAGACGUCCAGGCCCGUCAUGUCCUCCUGUCCUGGGAGCCGGGCAGCGACGGCCUGUCCCCUGUGCGUUACUACACCGUGCAGCAAAGAGAGCUUCCUGAGAGCAACUGGACCGUCCACUCUGCCUCCGUCAACCAUGAGGCCUCCUCCUACAUAGUAUCAAGGCUGAAGCCCUUCACAUCCUACCAGUUCAGAGUAAAAGCCACCAAUGACAUAGGGGACAGUGAGUACAGCGAGGAAAGUGAAGCAAUCACGACACUACAGGACGCGCCUGACGAAGCACCCUCCAUUCUCUCUGUGACACCGCACACAACGACGUCCGUGCUGAUCCGCUGGCAGCCCCCCUCUGAGGAGAAGAUAAACGGAAUCUUACUGGGCUUUCGGAUUCGAUAUCGUGAGCUGCUUUAUGACCGUCUGCGCAGUUACUCUGCUCACACCAUCAGCAGUUUGUCCACCUGGGGCGAUCUCACCGCACCCUACAGCAUCCAGAACCUGAGUGAUUCAACUCAGACCCAGCAUCAGUUGGACAAGCUGAGUAAACACAAGCGCUACGAGAUACGCAUGAGUGUUUACAACGCUGUGGGCGAGGGGCCGACCAGCACGCCACAGGAGGUGUUUGUGGGGGAGGCAGUGCCUACAGCUCCGCCCCAGAGUGUGGCCAUUCAGUCCGCAACCGCCACCCAGCUGGACGUGACGUGGGACCCUCCCCCCGUGGACGCACAGAACGGAGACAUCCAGGGCUACAAGGUUUACUUUUGGGAGUUCCAGCGCAAGAACGAGACGGAGCGGCUGCGGACUCUGUUCAUGCCAGAGGGGGGAGUGAAGCUGAAGAACCUGACCGGUUACACCACCUAUAUGAUCAGUGUGGCCCCUUUCAACGCAGCUGGUGACGGACCCCGCAGCGCACCCACGAGGGGCCGCACCCAGCAAGCAGACGGCCAGGACGUUGAGGUACAGAACGGGAAACCUCCAGGGCGUCUGACGAGAAGACGGCCCCCAGACGGGUGGGGGUACAGGACUCGGCAACCUCCAGGGCGUCUUGGACGCAGAGGACGGCCCCCAGGACGGGGCGGGAACACGAGAAGGCCUAGAACGGCUGUGGCCGAGGACGGGCCGGAGGCCUCGACAGCCAGAAGCGGGAGCUCGGCCCAGGACUCAAAGCGGGCCCACCAGAAGCGGGGAGGAGCUUGA